AAGUUCCCUCAUUUGGCAGAAACACAAAAUUCAUGAUCCAAAUGCAAACUCAUAAUAUAACAAAUACAACAGAGAUUUUACCUUUUGGUCAUAUUUAGAAACCCCAGAGUCUGCAGCUUUAUGAGGAGGAAAUUGUUUCUUUCAUUGGUGCUGUUUUCUACGGUUCUCUACUUUCUGAUGACGUGUCGUCCCGAUGACACUUUUCUCUACCGUUAAUCUGCAACUCCUCACAGUCCAGGAUUGUGCCUUGACCUUCAGGUGGUGCUGGGUAAUCCCGUUAGCCGCAGGCAGCCACUGUGCAAAUCCCAGCACACUUGUGCCGGCUGUGGCGCACUCUGGUUCUCCACCCCACCGGUAUGCAGAGGCACCUGUAGACGCACAGGAUGUUUAACUGGGUGGUGAAAGUGGUCCCCCAACCCCCUGAAGCUCCAGAAACAGAUGAACCUGCCAAGACCCCUGCUGUUCCCUCCAAAAUCAAAGCGGCCAUACCUUCAGUGAAGAGUCCUCCACCCAAAAACACAGAGGAGGCUUCAGAAGACAGUCAGGCCCAGACUGGAGUAUUAGGCUGGUUGUCUAAUGGGUUCGUCAGCUCUCUGCCGCAGCCGUCCAGCUCCCCUCGACUCAGCCGGGCCAACGACUCCAGGACAGAAGAUGGAGAAAGGUCUGGAGUGAUGGGCUGGGUCGCUCAGGGUCUGACCAAGGUUCUGCCUCAGCCCGACGACAAGUACAGAGAGACCAACAACGAGGAGCACACCGAGAUCUAUGAAGUGGAAACAAUGCCAGAUUUCGAUCCCCUCCCACACAUCCCAGUGGUGGAGCUGGUGUCAGAGGACGAGGACGAAGACGCAGAAAGUCUGACCCCCCAGUUCCCCCCGAAUGUGGUGAAAUGGAUAAGGGAGAUCAUGCCUCAGCCAGUUAUACUGCCCCCUGGUGCUGUUAUGAUAGAUCAUUCACCCAAGUCGUCCCGCUCCUCUGUGGACAAAAUUCUGUCUCCACCACCUGAGUCUCUCAGUGGAAUCUCAAUAGAUACUGACAGCAAAGUGUCUCAUGUGGUCGGCUGGUUCAUGUCCGGUCUGGGCCUGAAGCUGCCUCAGCCUGCGAUUGCCCCCAAAGACGAAAUCGAGUGUUCAACUCAAGUUCUACAGAAAGCUUCAUCCAAACUCAAACCUGACUUGGUCCUAGAAGACGUGGACUCAGACAACGAGGGUCCUCACAGACCUGCACCACCGUGCACAUUGUUGACUGCCCCAUCCCCGACCACCCCCCAGCAGCAGGACACGAUGCAGCAGACGCAAUGCAGUUCCAUGCCGUCCCAGGUGGAGGCUGAUGCCGAUCCAGUGCCAGGAGGACCUUCAGAGAGCCCGACGAAGAUAUCUCAGGAAGAUGCCGAGACUCAGACGGGCCGCUGGACGCCGUUUAUUGAGAGCAUCAAGAGGGAGGCUGAAGAUUCGGCCUUUGCUACCAUAGAGGAACGUCUGCUGGUGGAGCGCGUGGCGAUGACCCGUGUGGCCGAGGAGGUGGCCAGGCAGGCGGCGGAGACGGCCGUCAGACAGAUGGCCAGCGAGGGACAUUCCAUCAGGCUCUCGCUGGACAGUGCAGAGCUGCUGGAGGAGCCUGACGCUGAAAAGGAAGAGAGUCUUGCAGAGGACGAUGAAGACCUAGAAGAGGCUGUGGUACCUACCUUAUUAGAACUAGAGCUAAAGGAGAAUGCAGAGCCACAGCGGACGUCCCCCUCUCCCCCUCCAAGUCCUGAACCAGUUAAGAUCUCUGAACCAGAGCCACAUCCUGAACCUGAACCAGAACCUGAACCUGAACCUGAACCUGAAUCAGAACCAGAAGCAGAAGCAGAACCAGAACCAGAACCAGAACCAGAACCAGAACCAGAACCGGAACUAGAACCAGAACCAGUGGCCAAGACCCAGGAUGCCAAAUCCAACGCUCAGCCUGUGACGCAGCAGCCACAGAAAGCAGAGCCAAUCAGAGAAGUCCCUGAUGCUGAUAAAUCUGCAGAGAAAGAGGAGGAAGAUACUGGGGAUGACUGUGGUGAGAGCUCCACCCACAGCAUUCAUCCAGCCGUCAAUGUGGAGGACGUGGACUCAGACCAUGAGAGAAAAGGAGGAGGAAGAGGAGGAGGAGGAGGAGGGGAGGAACAGAUUCCCAUCCCCAAAAUCCUCACCCCACAGGACCCCAAGUUUACAACCCUCACUGUCCCUGUGACCCCGUCUGGAGGUCGUCAGAGUAAAGGAGAUAAAGAUAGUGCAAGGAAUCAUCGGACCAUCUGGACAAAGACCAGGAGGCUUCACUCUCAAAGUGAAGAUGACGAGGAUGAAGGAAACCUCCCAGUCAGAGCCUGGCCCAGCCAGUCCAGCCUGCACAGCACAGAUGACGUUCUGAAAGAACGUCCGGCGUCCUCAGCCAGUCAGACCAGCACGGUGGUGAACGAGCGGCUGCAGGAGCUGGUGCGGAUGUUUAAAGAGAGAACGGAGAAGGCCAAGGAGAAGCUCAUUGACCCUGACAGCUCCGACGAAGACAGCAUCGUCCCCUCACCUCCUCAGCCGGCUCCUGCAGGGCAGCCGCUGGACAGGGGAGAGAAGGCUGCACAGGCAGGUCCAUCAGGAGGAAGAGGAGGAGGAGGAGAAGAAGGAGGAGUGGAGACUGAGGAGGAGGAGGAGCAGCAGGCGAGGGGCCGCUGCAAUGGCAAAGCUCCUCGGUGCAUUCUUGCCUGUGUGCAUUAUCGUUUCCCUGCCAGCAUCGACCCCUUCACCAACCUGAUGUAUGUGCUGUGGAUGUUCUUGGUGACUCUGGCGUGGAACUGGAACGCCUGGUUCAUCCCAGUGCGCUGGGCCUUCCCCUAUCAGACUCCGGACAACAUUUACUACUGGCUCCUGAUCGACUACCUGUGUGACCUCAUCUACAUCCUGGACAUCACCAUCUUCCAGCCACGUCUGCAGUUUGUUCGUGGGGGGGACAUCGUGAGCGACAAAAAGGACAUGAGAAAGAAUUACAUGAAAACCAAACGCUUCAAGUUUGAUGUCGCCAGCCUCGUUCCCCUGGAGCUCUUCUACUUCAAGACCGGCAUCAACCCCCUGCUCCGUUUACCACGGCUGCUGAAGAUCAACUCCUUCUUUGAGUUCAACGAGCGCCUGGAGGCCAUCUUGACUAAAGCCUACAUCUACAGGGUGAUCCGUACCACCACCUAUCUUCUGUACUGUCUCCACUGUAACGCCUGUCUCUACUACUGGGGCUCUGCCUACACAGGACUGGGCUCCACUAAGUGGGUUUACAAUGGAGAAGGCAACAGUUACAUUCGCUGCUACUACUUUGCGGUGAAGACCCUGAUCACCAUCGGAGGUCUCCCCGACCCCACCACCCUGUUCGAGAUCAUCUUUCAACUCAUCAACUACUUUGUUGGAGUCUUUGCCUUCUCUAUCAUGAUAGGACAGAUGCGUGAUGUGGUCGGUGCAGCCACCGCGGGUCAGACCUACUACCGCACAUGCGUGGACAACACUAUUAAAUACAUGUCGUCGUACCGCAUCCCCAAAGACGUCCAGAACCGUGUGAAGACCUGGUACAACUACACCUGGCAGUCUCAAGGCAUGCUGGACGAGCAGGAGCUGCUGACUCAGCUGCCGGAUAAGAUGCGUCUGGACAUUGCUAUAGAUGUCAACUACUCCAUUGUGAGCAAAGUCCCACUUUUCCAGGGUUGUGACAGACAGAUGAUCUUUGACAUGCUGAAAAGCCUUCGCUCUGUCGUCUACCUGCCGGGAGACUAUGUCUGCAAGAAGGGUGAGGUGGGGCGGGAGAUGUACAUCAUCAAAGCGGGGGAGGUGCAGGUGGUCGGGGGACCUGAUGGGAAGACGGUGUUCGUCACUCUCAGAACAGGAUCCGUUUUCGGAGAGAUCAGUUUGCUUUCAGUAGGCGGGGGUAAUAGACGCACAGCCAAUGUGAUUGCUCAUGGAUUUGCCAAUCUCUUCAUCCUGGACAAGAAAGACCUGAACGAGAUCCUGGUCCACUACCCCGAGUCCAAGAAACUGCUCCGCAAGAAGGCCAGGAAGAUGCUGACCAAGGGAAAGAAACCUGAGGUCAAAGAAGAGGCGAAGCAGGCACCUCCGGCUCCGUCGGCUGCCGUCAGGCCGGAGACGCCCCGACUGCUGCGAGCCGCCCUGGAGAUGGCCGAGAGGGCGACUGGACUGAGAGGAGCUCUGGCUGAAGUCAAGGAGAGGACCAACAAGUCCUUCAUCUCAUUACAUCCCUCCAUCGCUUCCUCCCUGCCCCCUCUGUCUCCCACCUCCAGCUCUGGACCCGACAGAGAUGGAGACACGCCCUCACCCGUCUAUGCCAGCUCUGCGUCAUUGCGCUCUUUGGGGCCUCGCUCCGCAUCACAGUGCUGCAGCCCCGCAGACAAAACGCUCGCCACGGACCAGAGCGAGGAGGAUGUCUGUGAGGAAGAAGGGAACGAGGCAGAGAAGAGGAAAGGUCGGAGGAGUUAGGAAGGAAGGGGAGCGAGAAAAACACAUGUGGACGGAGGAAAAUGGAGGAAUUAUCAGGGAAUAAAGAAACUGCUUUGAGAGUGACAGACAGAAGAGGAGAAGUAAAUAAAGAUGUACAUAAACACUUAUGUCUCAUUCUCAGACGCAUCUGAUUGUGUCACUGCAAAGAAUCAAAGUCCUUUCUCACCCAUGAUGCACUUAAUCCCUUUUGUGCAUUAUCACCCAGGACUUACAGGAAGCCACGCCUCUGCAAUCAACCCAUAAACUUCAAUGGCUGAUAUAUGUUUUGUUACGUGUGUCGUAUAUCAGCGAUGUCUCAUCUCUCUGGAACACGUGAAACCUCCACCUUCAUCCAUGUCAUCAUGAGUUCAUCUAAUGUAAGGAACAAGCCAUCCCUCGUCUGCUGUCGUACCGAGUGCAAACAGCUGGAUUCAUACGAGCCGCGAUUCUGUGUUGGAUGCAAAGAUGGAUGACGGCUCAUAAAAAGUGAAGCCAAACUGCUUUGAUCGCCCCCUGGUGGCUGGCUGCAUGUCAGUAGACGGAACUUGAGUCAAAAUAGUUUUUUCAAAGAUGGUUUCUAUGGAUCGACUUCGAUUGAAUUCCAAAUUAUGUAAUCUUCACAAGAUAGCAGCAUUCAUACCUGGAGACGUGUCGUCCAUCUUUACAUCCAGUCUAUGGCUGGAUGCAAAGUUAAACCAUAAUGCACCGAGCUGAACUUCUUGUCUUUGCACAACAUCCAAAAUGUUUUUGCUGUUGUUGUCGACUAAAUGUUUACAGAUUCUUUUGUAAACUUCAAAUUGCCUUAUCUUGUCUUUGUCAUUUAACUUUGUGUUGUGUCUGUGUGAGUAGCACGCGCUGCGUAUGUACAGACACAACAUGAUCUUCUGUGUUUCCAUCGUAAGACACAGUAUGUUAGCAGUAUAUGUAAUAAGACAUACUGAGAAUCAUAUAUAUAUUUACAACAGCAAGCUCAAAAAUAAUCUAUCCUCUGAUUGCCU